AUGGUCCUCUCUCACACUACGAACCAUACCUACUCUCACCCCUUCCCGACCGUCACGCUCGCCUACUUCCUCCGCUACUCCUCUCCCAAACUCAACCCCUUCUCCACCCAUGUCCUCAGCACCGACACCAUCGAUAGCCGAAUCGACCCAGUGACGGGCAGGCUGCACACGACCCGCAUCCACCUGAAGAAGUCCCGCAUGCCCGCACCCGUGUUCAAGCUCCUCCCGGUAUCCAUCACCGGCGGCGGCUCCGGCGAAAAGGUGAGCUACGUUCUCGAGAACUCCGUCAUCGACAUGCGCGAGGGCUGGAUGCGCACCGAGAGCAAGAAUCUCAGCUUCAUGAACGUGCUCUCCGUCGUCGAGAAGCAGGACUUCCGCCUUCCCGCAGGAGCAACCGCCGACGCGGCCACCGACGUCACAACCACCUUUGUCUACAAAUCGCGUCUCGGCGAGAGGCUGCGCGGCGGCAAGAAGGAUCAGAUGCAAUCUGCCGUCGAGCAGCCGGAGCAAAAGGAAGGCCGCUGGAUGCCCGGUUGGAUGAGUGGGAUCGGCGCGCGCGGCGUGCAGCGCAGUAUCGAGAGCAUUGCCUCGAGCAAGACGCAAGACCAGAUGGGCAAGAGCCGCGAGGGCAUGCGUGUCGUCCUUGAGCGGCUGCGAAAGAACGGCGUCGUGGGCGUGCUGGAGAUGAUGAGACGGGAACGCCAAUUGGCUUGA